CAGUUAAUCGUCAGAUUUGUCCGCGUGUGUACCUACAUAAGUGCGCUUUCCACCGCGUAAAUAAUAAUAACGUAAAUCAUGCAUUUACAAAUUAUGAACAUUUUUACGUUUGCGUUCUUCGCCGCCGCCCUGGUUUGGGCCCAGUCGAGCAAAAAUGGUAACCGAGAGCACGCGGAACCGGAGGUCGACUGGGAGGUCGCGAGACAAAACCGAAUAACGCAGCAGAUACUCCAGUACUAUUUGGAGAGGAAGCUCUUUCCGCAACUGAAACGUCCGCCGUUGUCGCGCGUACCGUCCCCCGACGAGAUUCUGGCGAGGCAGAAGAAGAGGUUUAAUUAUGAUAAAAUCGAGCUGUUGCUCAACGCGACCAGGCGAAGGGAGGCGGAGACCCUGCAGAGUGUCGAGUCGGAGAGGGUCACAUCGGUCUAUGACAAGGAGGAGAAUUGGAUCGAGAAUACUCUGGAUUUUGAAGGCGGCGAGGAAGAUUGCCCAAAUUGCAUCGACGACUCGACGUCGCCCGCCUCCACACGGUGGACGAUGCCUCUGUUAAAACUGGGCGAUAAACGUUACUAUUUAGGAAUUUUCUUUAAGGCCAACUAUUUUCGGGCGACGCAGUUUUGCAGAUUUCACGGGAUGCACUUGGCGAGUAUAUCGUCGCAGGAAGAAAACGAUAAGCUAGAGAAAUAUAUUAAGGACUUUGGUUUGGGAAACGAGCACUUCUGGACAUCGGGCACCGACCUGGCCGACGAAGGUAAAUUCUUCUGGAUGUCGAACGGCAGACCGCUGACGUUUACGAACUGGAACGCCGGCGAGCCUAACAAUUUCGUCUACGAAAACGGCGAGGAGGAAAACUGCUUGGAGCUUUGGAACAGAGACGGCAAAGGACUGAAGUGGAACGAUUCGCCUUGCUCUUUCGAAACGUUCUUCGUUUGCGAAAUACAGCAGUGAUGUUUGCCAUAGUUUUUGUUCUUAUUACCUGCCCAACUCGAAACUUAAUAAAUGAAAUAGUGAGCGGUACAAAGAUGUGGAAUGAAUGUUGUGGAGGUACCGCCCAGUGAUACGAAACUGAGAAAAAAAUGUGUGAGUGUUAUAAUGACUUUUUAGUUAGUGUAAUUUUGUAGUCAUUUUCAUACCAAGAUUUAGUUUUACCGGCUCUUUCUAGAACGCCACGAAAAAGAGCCAAAAAUAAGUAUUUUGUUAUUCUCCUAGUUUUACUUCAAUUUGUAAAUUUAUUUGUUAUAGUUUUAUCAUUUUUUAAUUUAUAAAAACGUGUAAUUAA